AUGUUCGAUGAAGGAAUUGAUGGUAAAUAUGCAGGUAGAAUACAAGCGCAGAGUGACAAAGGUUCUGGUAACAAUGCUAUUGCCGACAGGGAUCCCAAUGAACAUAGCAUUGGAAACUCUGAUGAGGAUGAAGAAUGCAGCUCGACGUCCCUUAUUGAAGAACUGGAAAAGAAAUACUUAUGUAAUGUGGACAUCGACGAAUCAAUUAUCAUGCUGAAGUCUAUGGCAGGUACAAGUCCAUGUAAGCUGGCUAGUGAGCAUACUCUCGUGCUGCUUGUACUCAAUCACAAAUAUAUUAAUCGAAUUGGUGAUAAGUGUCAGUUCAUGUCAAUCUGCAGAUAUGCUCGUGAGGUAGAUUUGGCUUGGAACAGGCUCUCAUCGUGGGAAGAAAUCACUGUCAUUUUUUCUUUACCUAGACUGGAGGUAUUAAAUUUGGGAUACAAUCCACUACAGUCAUCUUUGGCAGUAUUAAAUCUUCCUCUUGCCGUGAAUUUGGAGUUGUUUAUAUUAAAUGGGACAGAUCUGCAAAUGUCAACAGUGCGAAAAUUGUUAAACAAAAUGCCGAAAUUGAAAGAAUUACACUUGUCAGAAAACAGAAAUCUUGAAAAUCAUUUUGAUGUUAGCGAUGAUGUCAUGUCUAAAUCAUUAGAGUCUUUGCAUGUGAGCAAAUGUGAUAUCGAGCACUGGGAAGCAGUCACUUCUUUAUGGAGAUUCUUUCCAAAUUUGACGUCAUUAUCUCUAUGUGAAAAUCCCAUUCGCUCAAUAUCAUGUAAAUUGAAAGUAGGUACUUGUGAUCUGAAUUGUUUGAAUGGUAUUCGUCGAUUGAGUUUAAACAAAUGUCUGAUCGAUAACUGGAGUUCCAUUGAACAUUUAUCAAAUAUAACUACUUUACAAGAUUUGCGGAUCAUCGCUAUUCCUUUAUGGGAGGAGUAUACAAAUGAUGAGCAUUUCCAUCUGGUCGUUGGACGCAUUCCUCAACUAAAAAUUCUAAAUGGAUCAGUUAUAUCGGCUGAAUUACGAGAACAAUCCGAAAGAUUCCUCAUAAGGUAUUAUGAUGUCCAUGAAAUUAAGCCGAAAAUAUUUGCUAGAUUAAUUGAGCGACAUGGACAUGUGGAACAGCUUUGUAAAGUUGAUAUGACUCCGAAAAAAUAUGCUGUUGUUGCCGUAAUAUGUGAGGAAACUGGAUACAAUGCAAAUCUGAAGAUACGCUUAACGCAAACAGUCUCUUGUCUGAUGCAUAUGCUUGAAAAAUUAACAAGAAUUCCUGUGAGACGUAUGCGCCUGUUUUACAUUAACAGUGGUAAUCCAUUCCCGGAUGAGUUGCGUUUCCCAAGUCAAAUGCUUCAAGCGUUGCAUAUCGAAGAUGGUGGUAAAAUCUGUGUCCAGUCGAAAAUGGUGACUAGUAGAAAGGAAUGUAUUGCAAAGUGA